GGCCGCCAUUGAUUGCACCUCACUGCCCUCGCCACAUUCAACCAUGCAGGCAUUCAGACUCUCGCGCAACGCGCUCGUCCGAGCAGCGACUAAGCAAAAUGCCACGACCUUCCGCCGCACCUUCAUCGCAACUCCUGUCCGCUCGGCCGAUAUUGUCCAGGACCUCUACCUGAAAGAGCUUAAAUCCUACAAGCCUGCGGCAAUCAAGGCCAACGACUCCGAGGGCCAAGUGCAAAAGUUCGCCGUCCCUAAAGCGCCACAAUCGCCUGAGGAGGCCGAUCUCCAGAGCGGUCUGCAGGAAUACGAAGCAUCGACACCCGAGGUUCAGGGUGCGGCGACCGAUGCCAGCGCUGCACCAGUUGAGCAGGAUUGGUUCGUCGAGGAGGAGGAAGAGGAUGAGGCGCAUGGUCACUAGAUGUGGGAACAAGUGGGCUGCGGAGGUGGACGUGUAACAUAUCUCAGUGAAGCAAAGAGCCAAUACCAGUCAAGAUGUGUAUGUGCGACAUGUGGGAGUGAAAUUGUUUUCUUUCAAGAGCGCUCGCUGAGCUGCUCAAGGUGAGCUGGAUGCUUGGGUUCACAAUCAAGUCUCCAUGGUAUCCGGGUGUACGUUUCACGCAAAGCACUGCUUGGAGACUGAACAUGGGCUGGCGUCCAUGCUACAUGAUUCACCUAUAGGAGGCAGUAUCGGCAGUACAGAUCACGUGAUACAAUAUCCCUCACAUUGGCAUCAGAAUGCCAUGGACGAGCAAGCCGUUAAUCUGAC